GUGUGGACACUGCAAGCAGUUUGCUCCCGAAUAUGAAAAGAUAGCCAAAACUCUGAAGGAGAAUGACCCUCCUAUUCCAGUUGCCAAAAUUGAUGCUACUGCAGCCACAUCACUAGCAAGUCGUUUUGAUGUUAGUGGUUACCCAACCAUCAAAGUUCUGAAGAAAGGCCAACCAGUUGACUAUGAUGGCGCUCGGACAGAAGAUGCUAUUGUUGCUAAAAUCAAGGAAAUUUCUGAUCCCAACUGGACUCCUCCACCAGAAGCUACCCUAGUGUUGACCCAGGAUAAUUUUGAUGAAGUUGUGAAUGGUGCUGACAUAAUUCUGGUGGAGUUCUAUGCCCCAUGGUGUGGACACUGCAAAAGGCUUGCUCCAGAGUAUGAGAAGGCUGCCCAGGAGCUCAGCAAGCGCACUCCUGCUAUUCACCUGGCUAAAGUUGAUGCCACUGCUGAAACAGAGCUUGCUAAGAAGUUUGAUGUUACUGGCUAUCCAACUCUGAAAAUCUUCCGCAAGGGCAAACCUUAUGACUACAACGGUCCACGAGAAAAAUAUGGUAUUACAACUUCCCUUAUUUUCUAAGGGCUUG